AUGGCAGCAAAUAAAGAUGAGUUUUUUCUUUGGGGUGCACGAAUUCCUAAUCUACCGUCCUUUUUGCGAAUAAUUUCACGUGUCUCUCCUGGAGUAAAGUACAGCUCAACUUAGCCUAACUCUGGAUAGUAAAGCUUCUUAAGUUGAGCAUUAGCCAUUGCAAUUGUCAGGAACCUCGACAUGAGUUACCUUAACUUUUUGGUUAUACUUUCGACAUUGUCGACUUGAUUUGGUUGAAAAAACUGUGAAGGGAGAGAUCGAGGUUCGCUUUUCAAAGAAAAAUUGAAAAGAAAACGUGGAAUUAUUCAAGGAGGGGGGAAAUUUCGACUAUUAUCAGGGAAAAUACGAUAUUUCCAAGAAAUUUUUUAAAUUUUUUCAGAAACAAACUCGAAAACCCGCCUGAAAGCACAAAACAACAAAAAUCAAAGAUUUUGAAAUUUUCGGUGAGUUUUUCUAACCAAACAAGAAGACCUUCUGGUGCAAUUCAAAUUUUAUCAAGUUUCAAUUGGAAUUUCAGUUGGAAUGCGGAAGCUAUGCUCAAAAUUGCAUUUUGAAUUUUCAGAAAUUCUGCCAGCCGUAGAAAAAUUCGAUUUUUUCAGAGCAAAAUUGGAAGCCGUCAUCGAACAUCACAAAAAUGCCUUUUUAGUUUUUCAAUUAAUUUUUGUUGCCAGCUUCUUGCAGAAAAGCCAAGAAGUAGGUUAUUACCAUAGUUUUGUUCUAAAUUCCACGUGGAUGUUUACCAUCUGUGUGAAAUCAAAAAUCCACAUGGAAACCGUUGUUUUUUGAACCCCAGAUUCUCGCAGAAAAGCCGAGAAACUGGAGUUUACUGUAGUUUUGUUCUGAAUUCCACGUGAAUGUUUAUCUCUAUGUUGACUCAAAAAAUUCUCUGUGAGAACUGUUGUUUGUCUCUCUUAAAAUGCCACGUGUGAAUUCAGUGAUUUUUCCUCUAAAUUGCGAGUUGAAAUUCCGAACUUUUCUGUUCAAAAUGCCACGUGGCAAUUCCGUAUUUCUCGAAAACAGUUAUCUCUAAAAAUUUAACUAAAUUACAAAAGUCGAAAACAUCCACGUACUUUUAGAUUAAAAGUUUUAGUCCACAGUACACGUUUCGAAAACGCUUUUCUGAUCAGAUAAAAUUUCAGCUGAAAUUUUAUUAUUUAGUGUGCAAACACCGUGACGAGGAGAUGACGUCACGUCUUUACAAAAUUAAGACAGUACUCGAACAACGUACUUAAAACUAGAAUUUCUCUUCAUAAACUUUGUGCGCAAGGUCCCCUACACACCCGUUCAAACAAUGAAAAAAUUAGAAAUUUCGUUUAUUCACACUGCGCCACAAUUUUCAAAGGAAUUUGAUAACCAAAUAGAAAAAGUAAAUAUACCAUUAGAAUCAGCGCAUCGAGAUCUAUGUGAGACUACGCAUUUCGAAAUUUUUAGGGUCCUGCGAAGAAAGUUAGCAAUCGCGACAAGACCCAACGCAUAAAAUUUAUCUUGCUCCUUUAAUACUGUAGUGCGAAAUAUAACGGCGAACAGAGAGAAUUAGACAAAAGUGUUUGCACAGUUUUUUGUUUUGUUUUACAGUAGAAAACACUCAUUGCGUGGCUUGAACGGGUGUGCCUAAUUCCGUGCGAAAAAACAAAGAAAACAAGCAAGCGCGCUCUGUUGCGAAGAGGGCCGUGGCCUAGGAUCCGAUAGCGGCAAAAAUAUUUUCGAAAUUUUCCAAUUUUUUCAGCGUGUUUUUCAAAGUUUCAGCCCAUUUCCAAUACUUUUUCUUGUAUUUAACUUGUGCUAAUUGUUACCUAGAAUCUUGAAAUAUAUAUUGACUCCAAAGUUUCUUCGAAAAUCUUGAUUUUUUCGCAAUUUUUAAAAGAUUUUAUGAUUUGCAGGUAGUUUUGUCCUGAAAAUGAUGAUUUCUUCAUCAUGGACAUGGCUAUUUCUACUGGCUGGAUGCACUAAUUUAUCAGCAGGAUAUCGAUUGAAUGUUCCACGUGUUCUUCUACCAUAUCAUCCAAAUAUUCCAGUGCAUUUUAUAUUGGAAGUUACACAUCCUUCAGGCGGUUGUUUUAAUUGGUAAAUAAAUUUUUUUGAGUUUCUUUGAACUUCAAAAUUGAUUAUUUCAGGAGAUCUACUCGUCCAGAUGUUGUUUCAGUUAAAAGUAUCACAAAUAGCAGUUCAACUUGUUCAGAUCGUGCAGAAAUCCGAUCAGUCGUAAAAUCUGACGCCAUUGGUUUAACUGAUACAUCUUCAGUCAUUUUUGCCGAAGAUCGUGCAAGUGGAACAACAUUAAGUUGCGGUGUAACCGUUGAUCAAAUCGCCACAAUUAGCAUCGAAACAACAACCAAAGUCUUGUUUGUUGAUGCCGCUCCAGCAAGAAUGACAGUUGACGCGUUUAAUGCGGAAGGCGAUCGUUUUUCAACACUCAGCGAGAUUUCGUUAGAAUGGGAAUUAUCUUCUUCAUCUGCAAAAAACAACAAUAAACCAUUGAGAAUUGUGCCAUUCGAACAAUCAACCUAUGAAGCACCGGAGGAAAUUGUAAAAUUGGAGAAAAAUAGAAAACGAGGAUCAUUGAUUUUAAUCGAAGGAGUUGGAACUGGAACAUCUUCAUUGACCGCAAAAUUCAGUGAUAGUUUCUUCAAACACGUCGAAGCGCAUAAAGUCGAUUUGAUUGUUGUUGCAAAUCUUCUUUUGGUACCAUCACAAGAUAUGUAUAUCCCAGUGCAUUCAAUUCUUCCGUUCCAAGUUCUUCUCGUCAAACAACAUGGAACUGAAGUUGUGCCAAUGCCUUCGGAUAAUUAUGAAUUAUCUGUUGAUUCGGAUAAAAUUAUCGCAUUUGAUAGAAAAACCACAUCAAUUCGCGCUUUGACAAGAGGAAAUUCGGGAGUUUUCUUGGUGAAUUCUCGUAAGUUUUUUCAUAUUGACUUGGAUUAAAUUUUUUCUGGUGAAAUUUGACCAGCUGAUCACGAUUCCGUUAUCAAAAACUGCAAAGCUAAACUCCUAACAUGAGUGAUGACGUGGCAAAGUUAGGAAAUAUCGAAAAUCAGAACUGGCUUUUAAAAUGAUUUUCAUGAAAAUAUGCGAUCAUAAAAAAGCUAUCAUAUUUUCAAAAAAAAAACCAUUUUGAGAUCUAGUUUUGACCUCCUAAAGUCCCAAUAUUUGGAAAUUUUCCAACUUAGCAGUUUUUGAAAACGGAAUCGUGAUGAGAGGGUUCAAAUCUACUAGAAAUCAUAUGUAGUUCCCUUAUAAAAUGUUCAAUUUUUCAGAUAUCGAUGUUGAAACCAAAGCUGGUCUCCGCCCUCCUUCUACAAAUAUCCACGUAGUUGAUGUCGAAUCAAUUCAAUGGUAUGUUUCUGGAGAUAAUUGGAUUCUGGAAACAGGAAAACAGUAUACUUUUACGAUUGAGAUGUUUGAUGAGAAUCGCAAUAAUAUGUUCCUUUCUGAUGUGAGUUUACAAUGACAAAUCACAAAAAAUGCGAAAUUUUCUUUUCAGAAUAGUGUAUUUGAAACAUUCCUCGAUCCCGCAUUAUUCCAAAUCGAUUUCAUUUCCAAAAACAAAACCUGGAUCGUUGCGACUCCCCAAAAACCCGCGAAAACUGUUCUAACAUCGAAAUUUGUUGGAUUAUAUGAUUCGAAUGGAAAAUUGCAAGAACAAGUUCGCAAAAUAAGUGGAGAACAGAAGGUUGUGUUGGUUGAACCAAUUCGAAUUAUUCCAUCGAUUGUUUAUUUGCCAUAUGUUUCGAAUAAUCAAAAGAAAUCGGAAAUAUUGUUGGAAGCUACCGGAGGAAGUGGAAUAUUUAGUUGGUCUGUUGAGAAUUUGAAUAUUGCAAGUGUUGAUUCGAAUGGAAAAGUUAUUGCAAAUAAUUUGGGAACUACAAUUGUCAAGGUGACUGAUUUACGAAAUCAAGCACUUGAAGCACAAGCUGAUGUUUUUGUAUUGGAUGUUAAUGGAAUUGGAUUUGGUGAAAGUGUUCGAGAAACUUUCGUUGGACACGAUUUGAUUUUGAAUUUACGAGUUUUUGGGCAAGACAAACAUGAGAUGUCGGAUUGUAGAAAUAUUGAUUUUCGUGUCGAAGUUGCGGAUUCAACGAUUUUACGACAUUCAAAUUCAGCUGCCUCGAUUAUUCCGAAAAUUGGAACUGGUUGUGGAACUGUUACAUUGAAGGGAAUUGUUGCUGGAGACACUCGAGUUACUGUAUCUAUCGGACCACACAAAGCCACAAUUGAUGUAUCAGUUUAUAAUGCAUUGACAGUGUCGGAUGAGGAAAUAUCGAUUGGAUUGGAGAGUGGAUAUUCGACGAAAUUGUUGGGAGGACCGAGACCGUGGGCUUUGGAUACGUCGGCGUUUUAUAGAAAAGGUGAGUUUGAAAGUUUGCCGCAAAAUUUAGAUAUAAUUCAAACUCAACCGGAUUUUGGCAUUGAAAAUUUUGAAAUUCAAAAAUACACGUGGUUUUUGAGCAUAAAAAAUAUAGUUUCGAAUUUUAUCAAUUUCACAAGAUCCUAAAAAUCAACGUUUGAAAAAGCUCAAAAUUUCCACGGCAUAAAUUUUUCCCAAAUUAUUUUCAUUUGGAAAAAAAAUUCUAAAAAUUUUUUAAAAAUUUCCACGUGACAUAGUUUUGAAAUCGCAUUUUUUCCUCAAUCAAAUUUCAUUCUAUCUCAUUUCCAUUUUAUUUUCUUGCAGAAUCUGGCAAUUCGAAAAUCGCUAUCAACUUCGAUGAAUCAAAUGUUGUUAUCAAAUGCUCUGGCAAAGAAAUCAGUGAAAAUGUUGUUGUUCAAAUUGGAAAUGAAGUUACACCAACUUUGCCAUUCCCAGUCAAAUCUGAAAUUACUCUGACUAUUUGUUGUACUUCACCGACGAAGCUGGAAAUUUUUGAAAAUGUGCAGAAAUUGGAAAAAUGCCCGAAUAAUAUUGUGAGUCGUAUUUCCUUAACUUUGAAUAUGAGUUAUGACGUGGCAAAUAUUGAAUAGUACCAUUCCAAAGUUUUUUUCUGAAAUAUCUAAUAAAAAUCUGAAAACUGAAAUUUCCAGACAAACGUUUUGUCUGAAAAGUUCAGCAUUUUUCAGAUUCUUAUGGGAAUUUCAGCGGAGAUGCGGAAGCGAUGCCCAAAAUUUGAAUUUUUGGAGGAAAACUAGGACACUAAUUUUUCUUUAAAAAACGAAUUUUCAGCACACAUUGAAAUCUCGAUCAACUUCAAAAUUGUCAAUUCGUGGAUACGGAGUUUGUUCUGGAAAAAUGACCCAACUUCAUUCAAUCAAUGGAAUUAAAGCAAAAUGGACAAGUUCGGAUAAAAAUAUUCUGAAAAUUGGAAAAAUUUCGACUGAAGGAGCUGAUAUUUCAUCACUUCAACAAGGAACUGCUACAAUUUCAGCGAGUUAUGCAAAAUCUGAAGCCAAAUAUGAGAUUUUGGUGUUUGAUUCGUUGAAAAGUGAGCCGAAUCAAUUGACAAUUUGGAAUGAGCCAGUUUCGGAAGGAUUGUUUUUGAUAAGUGGAGGUUCGGGAUUCUUUAAUGUUGAGAAUUCGGGAAAUGGAGCUGGACAAGCGAAAUUGGCAUUGACUGGAAGAAAUUUGAAUGUGUCGCCGAAAAAGGAGGGAAAUUUGAAUUUGCGAAUUGUUGAUCAAUGUGUUUCUGGACAAUAUAUUGAUGUUGUUGUGAAGAUUGUUGAUAUCAAAUCGUUGAGAAUUAUUGCGCCACAAUAUGUGAGUUUUUUUUGGUGGGAAUCUGAAAUUUCAGCCUAAGCAUCAUUAAAAAUUUGGAAAUCUGAACUUUUUAAAUACAAUUAAUAGUCAAAAAUUAUCUCAAAAUUUUUUUUCUAUUGCAAUUUCGUUUUUUCAACCGAUUUUUUGUGUUUCUUCCUUCUUGAAAAUCAGAAUUUUUAAAAAUUCUCGAAUUUCGUACCUUAAAAUCCCAACAAAGUCCUCUUUUCCAGGUUGAAAUUGGUCAAGAAAUCGAAGUCGAAUGCAUUGCUCAAGAUGAAAAUGGCGGAACAAUCAAAAAUGCCUAUUUACCAUUGAAACAGGCAAAUUUGGAAGCCACAAAUAAUCACGUAUUUUUGAAAAGAAAUGAUGGAUUAAAAUGGAAUAUUCGAGCUGAUUCAAUUGGAAGUGUUUCUUUAUCAGUUUCAGCAACAAAUUCAGCUGGAAAACAAUUGCAUUCAAAACCCCACACUCUUCAAAUUUUCGCGCCAAUUUAUUUGCAACCCAAACGACUUGUCCUAAUUCCUGAAUCACAAUUUCAAUUGGAAGUUGUUGGUGGACCACAACCAACUCCACCUUUGUCUUUUAAAUUGAAUAAUUCGGAAGUUGCCGCAAUUCAACCGAAUGCAUUGAUAACAUCGAAAGAAUUGGGAUAUACUGAAAUAUUGGGAACUGUUUUGGUUGGAGAUGGACAUGUUACGAAAGAUUCGGUGGUUGUUCGAGUUGUUUCGUUGGCUGGAGUUGUGUUAAGUAGUUCGACGAGAAAAGUUGAAGUUGGUGGAAGAAUUGAUGUUAGAUUGAAGGGAAUUGUUGCGGGUGGAAGUGAUGAGAAUGAAGAACCUUUUGCGUUUGGUGGAGCUAUUUAUCCGUUUAAAGGUUAGUGAUUUUUGGGGGGGAGGUUGAACUAAUAUGAGCAAUUCUUUUUUUCAUUUUUGGAGAAAUUCAAAAUUACCUCAUUGCUCAUGUUAGUCAAAACUUUUCCUUCGAAGAAUAAGAAGUUGAGUGAAAAAUUGAAAAAUUAUGAAAAUCCAUUGGCGAUAUUUCUACUGAUUUUAAAUUAAAUUAAAAUUUUUAAUCACAAACUUCAAAAAAUCAGAAAAUUUUGAAACAGUAAAAUUGUUCCAAAUCUUUAUAGCCCUAUUUUUUUUUGAAGCUUUCCGAUUUUUUUUCCGGAUUUUUUUUGGAUUUCACUGACAAUUUGAAAAAAUAAGUGAAGUUUUCAGAAACCAAAUUCACAAGUUUAGCAGAGCUUAAAAGCAAAACUUGUUCUCGUAAAAAAUUAAUUGUACAAUUGUUUCAAAAUAGAACAAUUAGCUAUGGAUGCAAAUUUUAAUUCAUAUUAUUUUUUCUAAUUAAAAAAAAGUUUAUUUAAAUGUUUAUAAAAAUAUUUAAAUUAUGUAAAGCUAUCAAAGUUGUUGAGCGACCUAAAAAAUAUAAAUUUUUGAAACAGUAACAUUUUACAGAAACAUUUUAUUCUCAAAUGUUUUGGCAGUUAGUUUUCUCCCGAUAAACCUUUAUUAUGUUAAAAAUUAAAGAAAAAUAGAACUAAUGAGUAAAUUCUGAAACAGUGAAAUUUUUGCAGUAACUUGGAGUGUAUCCGAUCCAACAAUUCUUCAAAAUACUCAUCCAUUGGGAAAUGAUAUUUCGGAAUCAAAUGAAAAUCAAUUUGCAAUUUGGUUUGAUGCAACAAGAAGUGGAAUGGUUACAAUUAAAGCAACCGUUGAAAUCAAUUCAAAAGCAUAUAAACAUUUUAUUGGAAGAGAUACCGUAUUCAAUGCUGAAAUUGAUAUAAUUGUUGAAGAUUCUGUUGGUGUUGUGAAUCCGGAAAUGAAAUUGAAUAUGAUUCGAAUGGCACCGAAUUCAAAUCUUCAAUUGGUUACUUCUUGGUCGAAUGCGCAUUUUAGUGUACCGUCGGAAUAUUCGAAUAAAGUAUCGGUUAGCAAAGAUGGAUUGAUUCAUUCGAAUGGAAGAGAAGGAUCGGUUAUUAUUACGGCUAAAAAGGUUGAUUCCUCGGAUAAUGAAACAGCGAUUAUUCCAGUUGCUGUGAGUUUUUUAGAAGCGGGGGUUGAACUCAAUUUUUUUCCGGGCUCAAAUGCAACCUAAAAUUUUGAAUUCUUUGAGCUUUAAAUCACUAUUUUUCCUUGUUAAAUUUGAAAUUUUGAAAAAUUAAAACCCAUCUGAAUUUUUAGUGAAAAAAAAUUAUUUGAAAUGUUUUUCAAUUCGAAAAAUCUGAAUUUUGCUGAAAAUAACAUUUUAAAUCUAAAUACCUAAAUGUUAUGCCACGUGGCUUUUUUAUCUCUAGGGUCUCCCUCUCCAAUUCCCCACGUCAUAGCUCAAUCGAAAUUUUUCCAGGUGUCCCGAGUCUAUUCAUUGGAUGUCAGCCCAACUCUCGAACUUCGUAGCUCAUUUGGAACAUCUCCCCUUUUACAUCUCCCAGUUGGUGCACAAAUUCAAUUCAAAAUAAUUGCUCGCGAUGUUCGUGGCCGUGUUUUGAGCUCAACAUCAACAAAUAUCAAUUAUCGUCCACAUCGCUUUGAUUUGACUGAUAUCACAGCAAUUGAUAAUAAUCAUACUCUAACAAUCACAUUGAAAUCUGCGGGAGAUACUGUACUUCGCAUUUCUGAUGCUUCGAAUGAGAAAAUCUCGACAUUUAUUCGAAUUUCUGCGUCGGAAUCGCUUUUGCCGCCGGCUGCAUUCAAAUAUCCAAAUGAUUUGGUUGUUUCGGAUGUUUUUUGUUUGAAAUCGAAUUUGUUGUCGGAAGAUGGUUUGAAAUGGUCAUCGAAAAGUUCGAAUGAUGGAGCAAUUAAUUGGUUGGAUGAGCAGAAUGGAGUUGCACAAUUGAGCCAACCUGGAGAUACUUUUAUUAAAUUGCAAUCUGGAAAACAGACUAUUCAUUCGAAGGUUCGUUGUUUUUGAAGAGACGGGCGGGUUUGAAAAUUUAUUGAUUGAGGAAAGUUUUAAAAUUAUAACAUUAAGAAAUGCUAAUUUUUACUCAUUUUAUCAAAAAAUCCUGAUUUUACCACUGUAUCAGAUUUUGAAUGACAUUUUUUUUAAUUUUCAGAAAUACUUCCCACGUUAUUGAAUGAAUAAGAUUUCAAUAUACAUACACAUCUAAUGUUUGAAACAGUGAAUUAAUAAGAAUUCAAACAGUUUUAAAACAGCAGAAAAAUGUUGUUUUUUUUUUCAAAAUUCGGUUUUUGAGAUCUUGUUUUCAAUUUUCGAGAGUAAUUUUUUUUUCAUCUGAAAAUAAUUUUGAAAAAAAAAUUCACUGUUUCAAAAUUUCGAUAAGGUUUUAUGACAAUUAGAACUUUGCUUUUCAGUUCAAAAUAAUCUCUUUCUUUUUUCCAGAUUGUAAUCAAUUCUCCACAAAUUCUUCGUUUCUCAUCGCUUUCAAAUCCAAAUUUGGUCACAAACGAGGAAUCUACCAGUUUUAUUUUCCCCGUAAUUGCCGGAACAAAUGAGACAACUCAAAAUAAGCAUUCAUCGAUUUAUGGAGAUUGCUCAAAAGAGCAAAUCGCCUCAUUUUCCCAAUCAUUCGUCCCAUUCGAAUGCCACGUUUCAUUUGCUCGAGGAAGAAAUGCAAAAUAUCCGGCUGUUAAUUGGCUUGUUGCCAACGCGAUUUUCGCGGAAAAUAUUGGAUUUGGUUGCGAAGUUCGAAGACUUGAAGCCGCGUUUUUGCAAGGAAUUCCGGAAGAAUUGGAAAAACAACAAUGGAAUGUGGAAGUUGUGGCGAAAUGGAAACUGGAGGAGAAUCAUGUGAAAGAGGCGCGAAUUGCGGUGCCGUUCCAUUUUGCGAUGAGUGUUGAGAAAAAAGAGGUGAGCCGGACAUUUUUCGUGGGACAAAAUUAGAGUUGGGAAAUUUCAAAAAUUUGAAAUUAUUUUUUUCGACAAUUUUUGGGUCCAUUUUCCCUGAAUUGAGUUCUCAAAUUCAGGAAUUUUAUUGAAAAAACAAAAUUUGAAAAAAAUAUAUCCUGGGAAAAAAAAUCUUAAUUUUAUGAAAAAAAUUUUGUUUUUCUAUAAAUAUAAAAUCCAAACACGAAUAAUUUUCGUUUUGCGAAGAAUUAUUUGUGAAAAUUAAGAAACAGUGAAAAAAUUUCAAACGUUUUUUCUGAUUUAAUUAAAUUUUUAGAGUUAGUUUUGGUCAUGAUGAAAUUAUAUGCAAAAUUCCAGCUAUCUCUAAACUUCUAUUGAAUAGCCGAGAAUUGACAAAUUAAUUUAUGAGAGUUUUGAAACAGUAAUAUUUUUUCGAAGUUUUUUUUGGUUACUAUCAAUUCAACUCGUAGCAGAAAUAUAAUAAGUAAUGAAAUUCUGAUGAUUUAUUUGUAAAAAUUUUGAAACAGUGAAAAUAUAAUUUUUAAAAUACAAUUUUUUCAGCUCGUCUUCUCGAAUAUGGUUGACACUGGUGCUGAUCUUUCAAUUUGGGCACCAAAACACGAUUUGGAUCAUGUAACAGUUCGUGGAUGUGAAGGAGAUAUUCUAACAAUCCACAAACUUCGAAACGCACCCACAAAUUCGCCAACAAAAUCCAAUAUUUUCUAUCAAAUCACAUUAAAUGUCAAAUCGGCUGCUUUAUUCUCAGAUUUUGCUCGAAAAUGUCAAAUUUCUGUUGAAAACACUCAAACUGGUCAAAUAAUUCGAGUUCCGGUAUCGAUUCAAUUAUUGGAUGAAACAGCGAAACAAGUUUAUGAAGCAUUGGAAAGUCGAGGAUUUUUCGAUGUUUUGAUUGUUUUGUUCAAACAGAAUUCGGGAUUAUUGUCGAAAAUGUUGUGGACUUGUGCAAUUGCUAUUAUUCUACUUGCUGUGGGAAUUUAUAUGAAAGUGAAUUUGAGCGAAAAAUCGGGAAGUUUUGGUGAUACAACUAUGAAUAAUUCGACACUUCAUCAAACUUCGAUUGCCAGUUCUUUGGGAUCCACUUUUAAUACUUCUGGUGGGUUUUUUAUCUUAUAAGCUAAAAAAUGUUGAAAUUUAAAAAUCAGUAAUUUUUGAAACCGUGAAAUCUUGAAGAAAAAAUUCACAAAAAAAUUAUUUGAAAUUUAGUUUUUGAAAUGUUCUCUCUGAAAAUUUACUUGUUGCCCUGUAAUUCCAGAUUCUGAAUGUGAUUUUAAUUUCAUACAUUUUAUGAAUCGCAAUGUCAAACAAAUUACUAUUCAAAAUAUGUAUAUUUGAAAAUCUGUAAUUUUUGAAACAGUGAAAUUUCGGGGGUAAAAUUAAGAAUAUUUUUUGAAUUAAAUAUCUCGCCACGAAAAUUUUUCAAAGGAAAAAAAUAGAACAAAUUCGUUACCUCGUAGAGAAUUCUGAUGCAAUUUUUUUAAGAGAAACAGAAGUUUUAAUUUGAAAAAUAGUUAUUUUUAAAACAGUGAAAUUUUUUACCGGAAAACCCCCACAGUUGAAAAAUCCAACAAAAAUCCCUGAAAAUAUACGUUUCAAAAUUUUCUAAAUUAAUUGGAACACUAUUUCGAAGAUGUUGCGAGCAUUCCAAGUUCAAAAUCAAUUUAAUUGUUUUCCAGGAAUAUUCCGUGAUUCUCCACAAUUUCGCUCCACACCAAUUGCUGGUUCGCCAAGCUUAAUUCAAUCACCGCGAGAUCGCCUCCGAACUGCAGCACAUUUGGGAUCAGCUGGUGAUUCGAGACUUUGGACAUCAAAUCCACAAAGAUCAUAA